CGGCUCCCGCCCUGGCCGAGCUGGACGGGGCAGGGGCGACCAUGGCGGCGGCGGCGGGGGGCCGGGGCAGCGGCAGCGAGGACGGCGACGUCCCCGCUGCCACCCGCCUGCAGGCCUACGCCUGGUGCCGCGAGUUUCUGGCCGGGUCCUGGAAGCUCAUCGGCCCGGACGAGUUCGGCAUCUGGCCCAUCGGCGGGGGGCUCAGUAACCUGCUGUACAAGUGCGCGCUGCCCGAGCACGUGCAGAGCGUGGGGGACGAGCCCCGGCAGGUGCUGCUGCGCGUCUAUGGGGCCAUCCUGCAGGGCGUGGACUCGCUGGUGCUGGAGAGCGUCAUGUUCGCCAUCCUGGCCGAGCGCGCGCUGGGGCCGCGCCUCUUCGGCGUGUUCCCGCAGGGCCGCCUGGAGCAGUACCUGCCGAGCCGGCGGCUGCGCACCGAGGAGCUGCGGGACCCGCGCGUGUCGGCCGAGAUCGCCGUCACCAUGGCGCGCUUCCACGGCAUGGCCAUGCCCUUCAACAAGGAGCCCAAGUGGCUCUUCGGGACCAUGGAGGGGUACCUGCAGCAGAUCUCGGAGCUGACGUUCUCGGAGCCGGCGCAGCUGCAGCAGCUGGAGCAGCUCCGGGGCUACAACCUGGAGCAGGAGAUGAGGAGCCUCAGGGACCUGCUGGAGGCCACCCCGUCCCCGGUGGUCUUCUGCCACAACGACGUGCAGGAGGGGAACAUCCUGCUCCUGGCGGGGCGCGAGGCCUCCUCGGACCGGCUCAUGCUCAUCGACUUCGAGUACAGCAGCUACAACUACCGGGGCUUUGACCUGGGCAAUCACUUCUGCGAGUGGGUUUACAGCUACAGCCACGAGGGCUGGCCCUGCUUCCAGGCACACCCCGAGCACUACCCCAGCCGCCAGCAGCAGCUCCAUUUCAUCCGGCACUACCUGUCGGCGCUCUCGGGCGGCCCCGGGCGGGCCCCGCCGCAGGAGCAGGCGCGCCUGGAGGAGGAGAUGCUGCGGGAGAUCGAGCGUUUCACCCUGGCCUCACACUUCUUCUGGGGGCUCUGGUCCGUGGUGCAGGCCAAGAUCUCCACCAUCCACUUCGGGUACCUGGAUUACGCCCAGAGCCGUUUCCAGGCUUAUUUCCAGCACAAGGCUCGCUGCUCCUGAGGGGAUCCCCCGAAUCCUGCCCCCCCCCGGGCUUUGGGGGGGGCGUUGGGACGGUUGGGGGGGGGUUGUAACGGUUUGGGGGGGCCCCGACAGUUUGGGGGGCACCACAACGGUUUGGGGGGGCUGAGCCCCGGGACCCCCCCCCCGCACCCCGGGACUCGGCAGCAGAGGUGGGUGGGCCCCCCCCCCCCAGAAGGGUGGGAUUUGGGGUGGGGGCUGGGGGGAACCCCAGAUCCGCACUCCUGGCCAGUAGCGGGGGUUUGGGGAGGUUUGGGGGGGGCUGGGGUGUGGCGGGGGGCGGUCGGGGACCCCCCCGUUUGUGCCUCAGUGCCCCCCCGCGCCCCCCGCCCGCAGCUCCUUGGGGCCGGGGGGGCUCCCGGGCCCCCCCGUUUCGACAGCAGAAUGUAAAACUCAGACCAAUAAAGCCGCGCUGGGGCCGGC